AUGUACUACAGCACCCUUCCCUCUGUCCAUGCUGUACGUCAAGUCGAGUUCCUCAUGUUUGCUGCCGUGUAUGAGAAUACGUAUAAGCUACGAAAUGGCUCGAUUGACAUGAUAAAGCUACUCGUGCAGUCGAUUCAGAGCUACUCGCUGGAGAGGACAAACAAGAGUCGGUACAGUCCACAAGCAGUCGCACUACCCUCCCGAAGCGCCAGCAACUACUGCAAUGGCCAUAGUGACCGAUUAUUCCAUCGUUGCACUACAGACAUGCUCGUUUGUGUCACUUGUGAUACGUCCUCGAUGUCUCAGCAAAAUGAACUUGCGUCUGCUCGACGAGCGUUACGCAUGCCACAAGGACGUCUUCCUUACGGGUAG